AUGUCCAUUCUCCCUCGCCUCUACUCUCUGCACAGACGACCCUGCUCUGACAGAGACCUUGCCACCAUCCUCGAGUUCCGGAAUGCGCUUCGAAGACACUUGGAGCUCCCGAUGUGGAAUUCGAUUCUUCCGCAGCUAAGUUCGGAGCGGUAUCUCAAGGAGCAGAAGAUGUACGCCUCACUGAAGGCUUCUCUGGCCCGCUUUGACGAGCUUCUACGCGCCGGCAUCCAUCGGCUCCCGGCUGACGUCCUCAGCCUCAUAUUCCGUAAAGUGGUUCUCUCCUGUGCCACCGGCCACUCCACUGUGCAGGCGUCCAUACUAGCCGGUGUGACGCGUCAAUGGCGCUUGAUCCUGCUUGCUGAAUGCAACGCGGAUCUGUGGACCCACGUUGAACUGCACGUCGCACGGCCCUGGAUGCCGUUCUUCACGCGCUUAUGUUUCAACCGAGCCGGCACUCAACAUCUUUCGCACAUCACCGUUCUCGUGCAGCGCGAGUUCUGUCCGUACGCCGUAGCAGAUGCGAUCAAGCUCAUCACCACACGCCUCCGCUACACCAAAUCUUUGCGGAUCCACUUCGAAGACGAGGCCUUGCCACCGGUGGAUCAGCCGCGAGCCAAGUACAAGUUCUGGCCGAUUCCGAAAGCGGCGAGCUGGGAGGACGAGAAUUAUCCUCUGGACGAGUUUGAGUUCGACGUUCCGAAGGGCAGCGAGGUGGAUGUUUGGCUGGCAGAGUUCCUUUGGCGUGCGGGAAAGCUCGAUCGGCGUGGCAGGCCAAUCAGAAGGCUCGUGGAAGACAUAUUAGAGCUACCCACGUGGCAGGAGAGAGAGGAAAUUGAAGUGGCGAAAUCGAGAGCGAAGUUUACGAAGACGAUCUAA